GGCCAACACCAGCUGCACCUGCAAGCAAAAGGGAAGGCCCAUCUAUAUAUCUACAUAUAUCUAAUAUCCAUGUAGGCAGAAUCCGUCUUUGCUUUUCUCGGGUUCUUGAUAGUUUUGAUCCUGAGAAGACGGGCAUGGGCAUGGGCAUGGGGAACCAAAAAAAUGUGUUGGGAUUGUUGCUAAUUAAUGUGGUUAUGAUUAGCGUUUCUGGUGCAACCGAGAGCAAGUAUAUAUCGGCAGUGGGAGACCCCGGAAUGAGAAGAGAUGAACUGAGAGUGGGAUUUGAAGCUUGGAACUUCUGCAAUGAAGUUGCCCAAGAAGCUCCUCACCAGGGUAGCCCCAGAGCUGCCGAUUGUUUUCAUCUCUCUGGUUCUUCCCUGAAGCACAUAGUGACAGAAGAAGACAACAAGCUUGGAGUUGGGAAGCCAUUCCCAGGUCUGAAUCCAGGGAGUUUAAAAAAUGCAGACCUUUACGCGGUUGAGAAAGAGCUCUACCUGGGUUCCCUAUGUCAAGUUGAAGACACCCCAAGGCCAUGGCAGUUCUGGAUGAUCAUGCUCAAAAACGGCAACUUCGACACGCGGUCGGGCUUCUGCCCUUCUGAUGGUAAAAAGGUUCCACCUUUUAGUUCCACAAGGUUUCCUUGCUUUGGGAAAGGGUGUAUGAAUCAACCAAUUCUCAACCAUCAAGAGACAGAAUUAUUUGGUGAAGAUGUCAUGAGAGGAGGUUUCAAUGGCACUUAUGAUUUGGGUUCUGAUCCUAGGGGUGAACUUGAUGGGAUUUCUUACUAUGAGGUUGUUUGGGAAAAGAAAGUUGGGGUUGGAAGUUGGUUGUUUAGACAUAAACUCAAGACCUCAAAGAAGUACCCUUGGCUGAUGCUGUACCUCAGAGCUGAUGCAACAAAAGGAUAUUCUGGUGGAUAUCAUUAUGACACCAGAGGAAUGCUCAAAACUCUCCCUGAAUCACCCAAUUUCAGGGUGAGAUUGACACUGGACAUAAAGAAAGGAGGAGGAGCCCAGAGCCAGUUCUACCUGAUUGACAUCGGGAGCUGCUGGAAGAACAAUGGGGAAGCCUGCGAUGGGGACGUGCUCACCGACGUUACUCGCUACAGCGAGAUGAUCAUCAACCCGGAUACCCCUGCUUGGUGCAACCCCAAGGGGCUAAUAAACUGCCCACCUUACCAUAUAACUCCAGACGACAAAAAGAUUUAUAGAAACGACACAGACAACUUCCCAUACUCGGCUUACCACUACUAUUGCGCGCCAGGGAAUGCCAAACAUUUGGAGCAACCAGUUAGCACUUGUGAUCCUUACAGCAAUCCUCAGGCGCAGGAGAUUGUUCAGUUGCUGCCUCACCCCAUUUGGGCCGAUUAUGGUUACCCUACCAAGAAAAGCCACGGCUGGGUUGGCGAUGCUAGAACAUGGGACCUCGACGUUGGCGCCUUAUCCACUAGACUCUACUUUUAUCAGGAUCCAGGAACUAAACCUGCAAGAAGGAUAUGGACAUCGAUUGAUGUGGGUACAGAAAUAUUUGUUAGUGACAAAGACGAAGUGGCUGAAUGGACUCUAUCUGACUUUGAUGUUCUGCUCACUCCCUCGCCAGAUUCAUAAUUCAAGUGUUUGAGCUCUUUUGCUAAUUGUUUGAUUUAAUAAUUAGAUAGCAAAACAGAUCAAAUAAUUAGGAAGGUAUUGGCAUUAAGAAGCCCAAAAAUCAAAAUAGCCCGUAAGGGCCGGGCUUCUCAUUUCUUAGAGGCAAAAGGGUACUUUCAUGUUUUAGUUUCCAUUCUAUAAAAGCUUAGCAACAGAAGCUCCUCAAAGUACUCUAUAUAUAUAAUGGUCGAUUUAAAUCAAAAGCGCCUUGUUAUUCUCUCAAGCACAGAAUUAUGAUAUUCAUAAUGUAUCGUCACAAA